GCGUCUGACAGGGCCAGCUUCGCUUGCUUUGUUUCCGCCGCAGAGGAAAGGGGACAUGGACCUUUCUGUUUUGCCCAAUAACAACCAUCCUGACAAAUUCCUGCAGCUUGACGUGAAGUCUUUAAUGAGGAACUCGACCCUUCUGCAGGCUAGCCUCGCGAGAUUUCCCGGUGGAAAUUUUCCUGCAACACAACACUGGCAAAACCUUGUCUACUCCCAGAGCCCUGGGGCUUCUCAGAGGAGAUCUGUGAGCUGGACUGAAAAGCCAGUGAGAGAAAAGAGCAUCUCUUCUCAACGUGCUAAGGGAUUUGGUGGAGAGAGCCCAGUCCUUCCUGAGAGUCCUCCACCGUCCAUGUCUUCAGUCGUGAAGAAUAACCCAUUAUAUGGUGACAUCAGCAUGGAAGAAGCUAUGGAGGAAAGAAAGAAGAAUCCUUCAUGGACCAUUGAGGAAUAUGACAAGCAUUCUGCGCACACAAAUCUCUCCGGACAUCUGAAGGAAAACCCCAAUGACCUGCGCUUUUGGUUGGGGGAUACUUACACGCCAGGCUUUGACACUUUGCUGAAAAAGAAGAAGAAACGUAACAAGCGAUCGAAAUUAUGUCACAUGGGCAUGAUCGUGCUCCUUGUGGCCUCCAUCUUGGUGACCAUAGUGACCCUCAGCACUUUAUUGACCUAAGGAAAUUGUGAAUCCUUCUUUAAAGCUCUAAAAUGCCUUUUCGACCUUUGCAGGAAAAUCUGUCUGUGCAUUGUGAACGUGUGCGUCUGUGUCGCUAGCUGUGUGACUAAACACCCCGCUGUCCUUUAGAAUGUGAGCAUUGCUUGUGUUUUGCUGGCCUCCCUGCUUCGUUCUGUGAAGCCUGUGUGUGAGUCCAGUCUGGGUUUUCUCCUUUGUGAAGCUGAUAUUCCAGAGGAUCACAGUAGCAAACGUCAUUACUUGCACCCACAGUCAGUCUUAAGAUAGAGAACAGAGCAGCAUCGAGCAUUGGGAGUCCCUUGUCUCAGUGCUCAACACGUUCCUCUGGGCUGCACAGCGCCACGCCCUCCUCCUCUAGGCGCCAGGAAGCUCCAGCCAACCUGGCCAACUGCUAGGGGAACAGGAAGGCUUUGGCUGAGCCGUCAGUCAGUUUAGACCAGCUUUACCUUCCUUUGUCUCCAUUUAAGUUAGAGGGAGAUGUUGCUCAAUCCUAUUCUCAUUUCACCAGUGAUCCCUUAUAAUGACCCAGAUUUAUACUGCUGCUUUAGCAGAAAUAAACUUGGUCCACCGUUGGGGUAUGUGCUUAUGGAUUGACCUCAGUGGGUCCAUGUUCAUCAGACAUAGUGGGCAAGGCACUGGUGACACUCCAUGAACGCUGCCACCCUGAGGAUUCAUUUGAAUGACAAUGAGACUCGAAUAGAUUAUCAGAGGAGGGAGCUGGCUUAAGGACUCCAUAGGACGAGGAAGUAGCUUUUCCCACAGUGUUAUUUCCAGUUGUCUGCUGGGUGUGGAUACCUGGGAACAAACCCGCCACCUCCUCCUCCCAGAACAUCUUCCCUAAAGCGCCCACUGCCACUCCUAACGCUAUUUAGUGUGUAAAUCGAGGCUUUUCUUCUUCCCAAGAGGGCCCUUGGAUAACGCCUUAUUAUCUCACUGUAUUGCUCUUAAAGAGACUUGAAGUAAAGUAUCUAAAAAUGAAGGCUUACUGGAUAAUAAAUUAUUGUGUACAAAGCAAAAUUUGUCUUGCUGAUCUUUGCACUGUCUGACUUGUAAUUCCUCUUUUUGCUGUGGGUUCCGGUCCAGUGUAGAAAGGAUGGUAGGGAAAUAAAUGAAGGUGGGGGUCCUCCUGAUGCCAGGCUCACACCCUUAGGAUGUCCUUGUACUCUGCCUGUUUUCACUGCCUUCAAAGUGCCUCUGGGGGUUUGAGUCCUGCUCAAGGGUCACCGUGCAUGGUACUUGCCUGUGCUGAACUGGGUUAUUUGUGUCCGUUCAAGACAGUGCCCAGAUGAGGCUUUCUAAAGACAUGAUGGGCAACCACAGAAAUGUGAUGGCAGCUUAUGUGAGUGCCUAGCCUCCUCCGUCCCCACUCCCACUUCCCUUUCUCCUUCCAGUCCAGCACCUCGGAUUCCUCUACUCCCUAGCCUUCCUCUCCUUUUAUUUACGAUACCUUUGGACGCUUACCUCUUCUGCAUGAGUGAAUUUAUUACUUUGCUUUUAAACGAAUAUCCACUGCUCGCUUUCAGUGUUACUGGACUCAAGCUACAAUAUUGCCCCUGACUGAUUUAAUGGUAUGUGUCUCUAGGUAAGGGGAAGUCAUAAUGGGAAUGUGUCCUUGUUUGCAUGCAAAUUUAUAACCUGCAUGCACU